AUAGAAAACGAAGAAUCAAAGAUUAUACACUAUUGCAGUGGACAGCUUGAGAUUACCAUGAAGGUUUUUAUUCUCCUCGCCGUUGUUAUUGGUUACGUAGCAGCCGAGUCCUGCCGUGCUGACGGAGACUGUCGUCACACACAGUGUGACAAUAACAGCCAGCUGCAUUGCGUCCAUGGACUCUGCACAUGCACUGAAGCAACAGACUUCUCAUGCACAUCCCUUGCUAACUGUUUGGAUCUAACAAGCUGGGAUUGCCCAAGAGACAGACGUCACUGCAUCGACGGCAGAUGCAGGUGUACACGAAUCUAAUCUUGAUCCUUGAUAAAUAAAUACUCAUUUUUAGAAAUUUAAA